GCAGCCAUGUUGGGAACAUUAGAAGGUAACCAACAGUACAACCAGAAGGACGGGAACAUCUAGGUACGGCAGCGGCGUGUCUAACACCUAACACCACCACCAUGGCUGACCCGGAAAAACAGCCCGAUCAACCUAAGGCUAACCAGCAAGCUAAAUUGGUCAUCGCUACCAAAGUGACCGGGACUGUGAAGUGGUUCAACGUAAAGAGCGGCUAUGGGUUCAUCAACAGGAAUGACAUCAAGGAAGACGUAUUCGUCCAUCAAUCAGCCAUCGUGAAGAACAACCCAAAGAAGGCUGUAAGGAGCGUGGGUGAUGGUGAAGUAGUGGAGUUUGACGUGGUGAUCGGUGAGAAGGGCCACGAAGCAGCAAAUGUCACUGGACCAGAUGGUGAACCUGUCAAGGGUUCACCAUAUGCUGCUGACAAGCGUCGUGGUUACAGAGCAUGGUACUACCGACAGCGUGGGGCCUCAAGACCCCAACGCCGAGGCCCACGAGAAGGUCAACACGAUGACGAUCAAACGUCCUCAGGUGAGGCUAAACAAGGUCCUGAUGAAGCCCAGCAGAACGAAGGGGGUGGCCAGAGACGUUAUCGGCCACGAAGACAGAAUUUCGAGGGUGGUUACUACCGUGGACGAAGAUCUGGGCCACCCCAAAAUCAAGGUGAAAACGGUGGUGAUGCCGGUGAUAAUCGAUACGAAAAGGGUGAACAGGGGGGUGAAGGUGGACAGGGAGGUGCACCAGCACGUGGUGGACGAGGUGGACGUGGGGGUUCACGUGGACGUCGUUUCUUCCGUGGUAAUAAUUUUCGCAGGGGAAGGGGGUCAGGCGCUAUGAGACUACACAGAGAAGGCUUCAAUCAGGUGAGUGAUCGUGAGGACGGGGCUGGCGAAGGAUGCCACCUGGUGCAACGUACACGACUAAAAUCCAUCCAAUCCAAUCCCCUUGAUGCACGAUACGUUGACAAAGAGAAUAUUCAGCCUUAUCCCAAUUUUCAAUCCCAAACGUCACGUCCUGGAAAAAAAACUUCUGACGAUGGUGACUGUGUUCGUUUAAAGCAGGAGCAGAAGUCAGGCGGGAAACAGGGCCAGGAUGCACGUAAAGAUCAGGAUGCACCAGCCGCUGCCCCUGCUCCUCAGGAGAGCCAGCUCGUCAUCAACAUCACCCCGGAGAGCAUUGCUUAACAACAAUAACCGCUACCACCACGUACCAACACUCCUCAACAGAAAAAAAAUGAAAAAAAAAAAUAUAUACAACCAAUAAACAAUAUAACACCAACACCAGUUAUACACUGAAUAAGCAGCGGCAUCUCAACAUCACGAAUCAUAAGCAGCAGCAACAUUAACUACCAACCUAUAUAACGAAGAGAAAAAAUUUACAAAAAAUUAAACCAUAAAGAAAACUUGACAUACCAGCAGAAGCACACCCCCCCCCCCCCCCCCCCAAAAAAAAAAGCAAGUUAAAGGGUUGCAAGGUAUGUAAAGAGCAAGAAAGCAAACACCUGAGGUGAUAAUCGCGUGGCGUAACACAAUGGUAAUGUCUAAUUGCAUAAUCAUUAUCUGUGAAAUCAAGAAAUACGUAGAAAUAGGGUGCGAAAUGACUUACGGCAUCCGGAGAAGUUUAAUGACCUCAAAUCAGUCGAAAUAAAAAACAAAAUUAGCAGAGCAUCGAAAGAAAUCCCAGAUAAUCAAAGAAGGAAUAAUGGUUUUUCCAUUCGUUAUCGUUUAUUUUUCUCCUCUACAAUUAGCGUUCUGUUGUGUUGAAUGAUUAGGUUUUUUAUUCUCCGUUUAUAACCGACAAAUGGGAUACAAAUUGAAAAAAAAAAUAUUGAGAUGAAAAACCGAUGAAAAAUUCUCUUAUCACAAUACAAUAAAAAUUAAAUAAAUUACGUUUUGUGCGGAAAAAUCAUUGUAGCGGUAAAAAUAUAUAUGCGCGACUCAAUUGUAUUUUUUUUUUUUUUAAUAAAUCGUUGAUUAAUCAACGCAGUGACGACCCCUGGUGGGUCCCGCACUUGACGAAAUUAUUGAUUGGCAUAAACGUUGUUUACCCGUUGGACAAUCAGAAUAUCCGAUGAUACCCCGUGGCCAGCUAAAACCAAUCCUCUGUAUGCAGUUUCUACUUGGGAGCAGCCAAUGUUCGAGCUUUCAUUAAUUUACCAUUUAAAUACCACUGGGUAUCAUUGUUUACCUGUAGACUUGAUUGACUAUUCAAUCACGAUCUGUCAAGAGAGUAACAUGUAUUGAAAAUUGAACAUAAAAAAGGAGAAUGAGAGAAUUUAUACAUUUUUGCAUGGAGUACGUUUUUUUUUUAAAUUUUAGUUUGUAGAAACGUCACGAAAUAAAUGGAAUCUGAAAGCUUUUUCGAUAA